CGAUGAUGAGGCCGACAAAUGCUCAAUCUUGAGCGAAGCCUCCAGUACAGCUUUGUCGAUUGCGAUGGACCAGCGUCAAGCAGAUUCCGGACCACCGCUUUACCCUGGCCCUCCGAAGUUAGUGUCCAGUGAACUUGGGUCCAGCGAGAUCGAGAACUUCGUUAAACGUACGAAAUACGACUUUCGAGUCUUCUACCUUCGACAAAAGCACUCACUCAACCGCUUGCACAUCACGAAGGCAGAUUUCGAGACACUACUACGAUUGUGCCAUGUUUUCCCUCGCUUCAACGAAUAUGUGAUUGGAUUUGGCCGGAAGAGCAGUGAAUCUGAGGUUGGACCUCCCCCGCUCAAGUUUCGACCCUUGUACACAGCUCACGACAACGUGUAUCGCGGUUUUGAGUGUACCUACAUCCUACGAUACGUCGAGAACACCAAUCGGGGUGGUCGAAAGAAUCCGUGGUCGCUGCGACAAUUUGGUGUUUACCAUCGCUUCAAGCCAGGAGGCAGUCGAUGUUCUACAUGGAUCCUUGUCGGGGCAUCGCAACGAAUGGAGGGACGUUUCGAUCAAUACACAAGAAGUGUGGACGACGUUGUUGCAGCAAAUCCGUUUGAAUUGCAUGUCAUUUUCCUCGACACUGUCAUUACCAGUUGGAGGCCCUAUCUGGUCUACAUAACGCAACUGGCGUCUCACUUGUCUGACAAAACCACUGGUGUGUGCAUUAGCACCGAAGACGACGAUGAAAACUUCGUCUCGAUCUCGGUCGAGGAUCAUCAGCAAUUGAAACAGAUCGAAGACGAUGUGGCUGAUCUCAUUCUAUGUCUUGACUCGACAUCUGACACUUUAACGACUUUCGAAGAGAUGUACGAUCGCUUCUGUCAUUGUCAAAAUGAAUCGAGAUCAGCAUAUACCCUUGAUGCGGUAGCCGUUGCUCUGAAAGAAAAAGUGAAAGAAAUACUGUAUACUAGGCGCAAAGCGGAAGCGCUGCUUGCGAGAAUUCAGAGCACCAGAACUCUAAUCUCAUCUCUACUCGAAAGACAGAGCGGCUACAACAUCAAUCACCAGAUAAGUGCACUUCGAGAGGGGAACACGAUCAUGCAAACAAUCGCCGAGAAAAACAGAAGAGAUUCAUCCAGCAUGCGGGUCCUUACCAUCAUUACCAUGAUAUACCUGCCCUGCACCAUUGUGUCCAAUUUUUACUCCACACAAUUCGUCAAUCAGACCGAAGUCGAUGGUGGUCCUACAAAAAUGGGCUACGCACAGAACGCUUGGGUAUUCUUUGCCAUCUCGAUUCCUCUGACCAUCUUUACAUUCCUGGUCUGGUAUUCUUGGAUCCAUAUGGAGUACAUGCGGAGACUGGUAGCUUCCCAACUGUCUGCAAGAAAGAAGGCUGAGUCGCCAGUAUGA